AGACGGGGGAUCAGAAGUUACAUCGUCUUUUAGAUUAUGAGCUCAAGUUCUUAGUAGAAGGAUUGUGGAUUUAACAGUUUACUAAAUCUGAAGUACUCGUGAUUCCCCGAUGAUGUCGCCGAAGCAAAUCUCCGACGAUCGAGGAUCUUCACAUUUCCGGCAUGCCCCUUUCCAGAUAAUCCAUGUCAUUGGGAACUUUUUUAGGAUAUGGUCUGUUUAUUCUAUGUACCGCUACUUGAAUCAGACUGGAGCGCCUGUUGUUCUCUUUCUCUUCUGCUGUCUGGUGCCCUCAUCCUUCGUCUUCUUGAUCCUUCAGAAACCAUGGAAAGGAAGGGCCCUUUCCAAUCAGCAGAUUGUACCUUCUCUUAUCAAUGGAGUCAUCACUGCUCUGUACUUCAUCUUGUGGGGAAAGGGUCUUAAGUCUUGUGGACCUCUUAGAGCGAUCUUGUCAGAGUACUCUGGUGCUGUUCUUGGAGUGCUUUCUGGAGUACUAUAUGGGCGGAGAGGCCACGUGUGGAAAAAGGUAGGUGGCCUUGUUGCAAUGCUGGUAGCUCUUUUUUUCUUGUCUCAAGGAUGGGCGACAUCAUCUCUCUCCCCAUUUUCAUCGAAAGAUAGUACUGAUACCAAAGAGGGAGAAUUACUGACAGAACAAGCACUAGGACUGAUGGGAAUGAUGAUACCCGUUGUUGCUGGAAUCUUAUCAGCAUUAAGGCGAGUUAUUGCAAGGCGUGUUUCUCUUAAGAACCAGCAAAAGAAACGACUUCAUGCGAUAACCAUUACUUCUGCAACCUGUUUUCUGUUUCCAUUGGCCAUGUGGGACCUUGUCACAGGGUCGUCUUCUGGCAAAGCUGUGGAGUUGCCAUUUUCUGCGUGGGCUUUCCUUAGCACCAUUGUUUUCGGGAUCAUUUUAAUAUUUUAUGUUGACAAUAUCGCAGAAGAGAGAUUGCAUAUGGUGUUUUCUUCCCCGAGGCAUCUAAUGGUAGCAGGAGCUUGCAUAAUCGUCAUGGAGAUUGCUUACGAGAUGGAUUUUUCUCUUCCUGGUUUCAUUGUCUGUUGCUUAGUGUUAGGGUUUGGAAUAUACGAAGCAACAUCUCUAGAACGCAGCAAAAAGGACUCGUCGAUUAAAUCAGAAGAUGAACCAAACGGAAUCCUUAGUAAUGACUUUGAUACUUCUCCAGUUCUUCCCAUAUAGGUAAGUGACGCUGUUAAUCUUUAUCUAUUUACCAAUUCUCACCAUAUUAACGAGGUUACUUUUGAAAUGUUCUUGUCCUUGACGAUGUAAAGCUUUUACUCUGAACUUUUGUACCUUUUUCAUUAUAUCUUUGUUUUUUUUACGCUAGCAAUUCAUUCAAAA